ACCGGGCUAUGAUUCAUUUUGGGAAUAUCUGACAUGGCAAGGAUAAUAUCCAUCCUCGCGAAAAUCAUGCUUUUCAAAAUGCUGAUAUUAAUUAUCUUCCAAGGUGUCGUGACGUCCGACAUCUCGGUCACAUCGGAGGUCAACCCCGGUUGUCCACCAGACUCCAGCAGGGCUUUUGACUCCGGGAGAUCCGCAGUUUUGCCGGUGUCUGAGGCAACGGAGGCAAAGUCCAGACCUAAGCGCUGUACCUGUUAUUCUUACAAGGACAAAGAGUGCGUCUACUACUGCCAUUUGGAUAUCAUCUGGAUCAACACUCCCGAACGCACUGUGCCUUAUGGAAUGUCAAGCUACAGAGGACCCCAGCGAAUCAGACGUGCCGUCAGUGGACAAGCAACUGAACAUGAGUUGGCAAAGACUCAGCGCUGCAUUUGUGCUGUGCUUGACGCAGACCCUGAGUGCCACAAGUUUUGCCUGUCAAGCCCCCUGCAGACAGUGUCCAUCAGGAGUCUCCACAGAGUCCCUGGUCCCGGAUGACAAUUUGACGCCUCUCUGUCGUCUGUUCUUCUCCUCAUGGGGAAUGGACCCUUCCCUCCUCCUCUUCUUCACUCUACAUUUGCCACUCUUGCCUCCACAGGUACACUCAAGGAAAACACUUUGGAGUUUAACACUGCAGACAUUCCUACGCAUCACAACUCUUGAAGCAAGUUCCAUCAGGCCAAGUGGUUUCAAGCAGUCUUCAGCAAAUUUGAUACAGAUCCCUGGAGGCUAUCCCUUAUGUUACCUACUGAGAGCAGCAUGAGGAUUACUUCCACCCUGAUAUAAUAGUCAAUGACCUUGUUUCU